AUGGUUUCUGGGCCCCUGGCACUACGGUGGUACGCGUGGGCAGGGCGAGGGGACAUGGGGCCCGACAUGGAGCUGCCCAGCCACUCCAAGCAGCUCUUGUUGCAGCUGAACCAGCAGAGGACAAAGGGCUUUCUGUGUGAUGUCAUCAUCAUGGUGGAGAACUCCAUCUUUCGGGCCCACAAGAAUGUUCUGGCUGCCAGCAGCAUCUACUUCAAGUCCCUAGUCCUGCACGAUAACCUCAUCAACCUGGACACGGACAUGGUCAGCUCCACGGUGUUCCAGCAGAUCCUGGACUUCAUCUACACGGGCAAGCUGCUGCCCAGCGACCAGCCAGCUGAGCCCAAUUUCAGCACUCUCCUCACUGCCGCCAGCUACCUCCAGCUGCCCGAGUUGGCAGCCCUCUGCCGUCGUAAACUCAAGCGAGCCGGCAAGCCCUUUGGCUCCGGACGGGUGAGUGCCACCGGCAUGGGGAGGCCUCCCCGCAGCCAGCGGCUGUCCACAGCCUCUGUCAUCCAGGCACGGUAUCCGGGGCUCAUGGACGGACGCAAGGGGGCCCACACCCCCCAGGAGCUCCCCCAGGCCAAAGGCUCGGAUGACGAGCUCUUCCUCGGAGGCUCAAGCCAGGAGGGCGUGCAUGGCCUGAGCCGGGCUGUCUGUCCCACCAGUGGGGAGGCUGGCCUGGGCAGCUGCAGCACCAAUGGGAGCAGUGGGGGCUGCGAGCAGGAGCUGGGCCUGGACCUGUCCAAGAAGAGCCCUCCCCUGCCCCCUGCUACCCCCGGUCCCCCUCUGACCCCGGAAGACCCGGCCCAGCUGAGUGACAGUCAGCAUGGCUCGCCCCUCUCAGCCUCUGCCCCUCCUGUUGCCAACAGUGCCUCUUAUGCUGAGCUGGGGGGCACCCCCAAUGAGCCCAUGGAUCUGGAGGGGUCUGAGGAUAACCACCUGAGUCUGCUGGAGGGGCCUGGUGGGCAGCCCCGGAAGAGCCUGCGGCACUCAGCCCGCAAGAAGGAAUGGAGCAAGAAGGAGCCUAUGGUGGGGUCCCCCUUUGAGCGGAGGGAAGCGGGGCCCAAGGGCCCUUGCCUGGGGGAAGAGGGCGAGGGGCUAGGGGACAGGGUUCCCAAUGGCAUCCUGGCCAGCAGCGUUGCGGGGGGUGGCCCCAGUGGGCCUUACACGGAGCCCCCGUACUCCUGCAAGGAGGAGGAGGAGAAUGGCAAGGAUGGAAGUGAGGACAGCGGGCAGAGUGGGAGCGAGGGGGGCAGUGGCCAUGCUGGUACCCACUACAUGUACCGGCAGGAGGGCUACGAGACGGUGUCCUAUGGGGACAACCUGUAUGUGUGCAUCCCCUGCGCCAAAGGCUUCCCCAGCUCUGAGCAGCUCAAUGCCCACGUGGAGACACACACAGAGGAGGAGCUGUUCAUCAAGGAGGAGGGUGCUUACGAGACAGGCAGCGGUGGCGCUGAGGAGGAGGCUGAGGACCUGUCAGCGCCCAGUGCGGCCUAUGCUGCUGAGCCCCGGCCCUUCAAGUGCUCCGUCUGCGAGAAGACCUACAAGGACCCUGCAACGUUGCGGCAGCACGAGAAGACACACUGGCUGACUCGGCCCUUCCCCUGCAACAUCUGUGGCAAAAUGUUCACCCAGCGCGGCACCAUGACACGUCACAUGCGGAGCCACCUGGGCCUGAAGCCCUUUGCCUGCGAUGAGUGUGGCAUGCGCUUCACCCGCCAGUACCGCCUCACUGAGCACAUGCGCGUGCACUCGGGCGAGAAGCCCUAUGAGUGCCAGCUCUGCGGAGGCAAGUUCACCCAGCAGCGCAACCUCAUCAGCCACUUGCGCAUGCAUACUUCCCCCUCCUAG